AUGGAACCAAAGCAUCACCACCAGGAUUCGUGUCCUUCGCCGGCACCGAACCUUCCAUCUUCUUCUCUCUUCAGAGACAUCUCAAACUUUAAAACUCCAAAACAUCCAUCACAAACCCCUAAAUUCUGCACUCCAUACCCUCAACAAUUCUUCACCGCUUCCAAGAAUACCUCUCAUUCCUCAUCUUCUUCCACCUCUUUCCGACGGUGCCGUCCGGUGAUGACGGCCACUAAGGACAGGUCAAAGUCCAACGUAGCCCGAAGAUUGAAGGCUUUCGAGCUCGAACAGUCGAAGUCGGCCCGGAAAGCCCAAAUUGGGAAAGAAAAAUCUCUGAAAGUGCUUUCGAAAUCACUCACUGUUUGGCUUAAUUUUUUGUUCCAAAAUCCGAGAUCUUGUGGCGUUGAUAUAUCGAAGUUCACCGGCGAAAACGACUGGUUGAGUUCACCGGAUUCUGUGUCAGAAAAUAGGAAGAGGGACAGUUGGCCGGACAGUGGGGUUGGGGUAGAUAGGCCGUGGAGGGGCCCGAAACGACAGAGGGAUUUAUCGUGGAGCAAUGUGGCUGAUGAGAAUGAGCAAUUAUUUUCGGAUACGAAGUUUGGGGUUUUAAGGGCCUCAUUGCAAGAAGUUUGUAGUUUUGACGAUUUGAGAGAGAGAAUGCAGCUUUACUUGAGCUUGGCUAGUUGUAGAGAGAUUUUUGGUGUGAUGAAUCAACUAACAAAGAAUAUCGAUGAAGGAAGAUUAAAAAUGAGGGUGCAUUGCCCCACAGUAACCGAUGUUGGAAUGAAGAAGAAGGCCGUGAGAAUUUUGAUGUGUUAUAACCCUAUUUGGCUCCGGAUUGGUUUGUACAUAAUUUUUGGUGGUGACUCUAUGUUGCCGAAUGGGGAUGUCAAUGCCGAGCAAGAAAUUGCAUUUCUGAAAAUGGUUAUCGGUAAACAGUUUUUCUCGCAUGUUGGUCUAGCGAAAGCCUAUGCUUAUAAUAAAAUGGUUGAUGGUUUAUAUAGACCAGGCUAUUUUGAGAAACUGGGGAAUGUUAUCUUGAAGAGAUUUUUGUUGCUAGUUCUAGUACUUGAUAGAGCUAAAUGUCAGAGCAGUCUUCCUAUCAAGUAUGGAAUUGAUGGAUUAGAUGGCGGUGAUCUUCUUGCGCAUCUGGUUAUUGUUGGGUACAAAGUCUCUUACCAACAGGCUCCACUUAUUGAGUACGACUUUAGGGUCACAGAGUUAUUUCAAGAUCUCCAAGAUGGGGUCCGGCUCUGCAGAGCCAUUCAGCUCUUGCAACACGACUCCUCUGUUCUUGUGAAAAUGAUUGUUCCAUCAGAUACUCGUAAGAAGAGCUUGGUCAAUUGUGGGAUUGCCCUUCAAUAUCUAAAGCAGGCUGGUGUGCCUUUAUAUGAUGAAGAUGGAACAACAAUUAUGGGAGAAGAUGUUGUAAAUGGAGAUAAGGAGUUUACACUUUCUUUGCUCUGGACAAUGUUUGUUCACUUGCAGUUGCCUCUUCUGAUCAACAAAACGCUCUUAUCUGUGGAAAUUUCCAAAAUCCGUGGAGUUCGUGCGGAACAUUCAAAUGCUUGUACUCACUUGGACAUGCUUUUGAGUUGGAUCCAGGCAAUUUGUGAAAACUAUAAUGUCAUGGUUGAACAUUUUGCUUCAUUAGUUGAUGGAAAAGCCAUGUGGUGCUUGCUUGAUUAUUAUUUCCGUAAGGAACACCACUGUUCUUGUUCUUUUAAGGAUCUUAGAGAAACAAAUGGAGAAGCAUCUAUAAUGUCAGCUGCUGAAUAUACAGAUGCGGUGCACAACUUUAUACUCUCUCAGAAAUUGACUACAUUAUUGGGAAAUUUUCCAGAGGUUCUGCAAAUUAGUGACAUACUUGAACAUAAUGGUGCGUGCAAUGAUCGAAGCGUGGUCAUCCUAUUGGUUUUCCUCUCAUUUCAACUACUUGUGAAAAGAAACACGGACCAACUGAAUUUUCAUAAACUCUUGGGUUUUAACUGUCAAAGUCCAGAGAGGAAACGUUUAAGUACAGAACGGUGGUUUAUGCAUUCUGCUGCAGUGCUUAACCGAGAAGAAAUGAAUGGGAACAGCACUGAAGGUUGCCAGGAUUCCGUGAGAAAUUUUAAGGCCAUCAUGGCUUGGUGGCAAGAGAUGGCUCAAAGAAAUAGCAAUUUUGAUAUGAAACCAGAUACUCCAACUUUGCCAUCUAUCUCUAAUGGUAGACUGAGAAUUGAUGUUCAAAGAGGUAAUCAUUAUGUAACUCGCGUUGUAAUUCACAAUGAUGUUUUUUUUUGUAUCAACAUACCUUUCUCACUUCUCCUUAACCCCUUAUCCCUGGUACAAGGUACCUAA